AUUAGAUGUCAGUGUUUUAAGAACAAAAGAUUUCCUCUACUUCAACUCUAAAGGAAGAUUAAACUCCGCAAAACAGACAGUUCCAAUUAUAAAAUUUACUCAAAAGAAAAGAUUUUAAAUCAGUUGUAAGAAUUUUACAAACUGAUAAAAAGUCAAGGUUAGAGAAUUUUCGUUUACUUUAGAACAAAUUAUUAAAAGCUUAAAUACUAAAACUAAGAAUAUCACGUUGGUUAAAAUUUAUGCAUAAGAGGGGACAAUGGAUCUGAGUAUGUCGCCAAACUCAUCAAGAUUGUCAAACUGCAUGAUGAUGAAGAUAAUUGCCUACCGUUUAUAAAAGUAUAGUGGUAUUAUAGGAAAACCGAGUUGACAGGUUUACCGAGGGAUUAAUUAGAAUGUAUUUCUGAAAAUGAAGUUUUUAAAACUAAGGAAUUUGACUAUAUAGAAAUCGAAAGCAUAAUUGGGUUGGCGAUCAUUUUAAGCUAUGAAGAAUACGAUAAAAUAGAAGAAUUAAACGAAAAUGUAUACUUUAUGAGAGCUACAUAUUUUGAUUAAAAGUUAUUCCCAUCUUUUGAAUAAUGGACUAAGGUUUGCAUGUGUAGAAAACCUCCAAAUCCAGACCUAAAGUAUCGAUAUAUUAAGAAAAUAGGUAUGUCUUUUGUGAAAUAUGCUAAAAAUGGUUUCAUCUGAAAUGUGUUGGACUUAGUUAGGAUCAAGCUAGCAAAUUAAAAAAAUAUAUAUGUCCUGAUUGUAAGAACUGA